AUGGGUGGUGGAGGCCAGCUCACAGAGCCAGGUGAGCCAGGCAGCGGGCGAGGUGGCAGUGUGUACACCUGGGAGGAGGUGCAGAGCCACUGCAGCAGGAAUGACCAGUGGCUGGUUAUCAAUCGCAAGGUUUAUAACAUCACACACUGGGCCAAGAGGCACCCAGGGGGGGUUCGUGUCAUCAGCCACUAUGCUGGAGAGGAUGCCACGGAUGCGUUUGCUGCUUUUCACCCGGAUCCAAAGUUUGUUCAAAAGUUCCUGAAGCCCCUGCUGAUCGGAGAGCUGGCAGCAACAGAGCCCAGCCAGGACCGAAACAAAAAUGCUGCCAUCAUAAAGGAUUUCCAAACUUUACGUGGUAACGCAGAGAGAGAGGGUCUGUUUCAAGCCCGGCCUUUGUUCUUCUGCCUCCACCUUGGUCACAUCCUGCUGCUGGAGGCCCUCGCCUGGCUGAUAGUGUGGCUCUGGGGGACGAGCUGGACGUUGACGCUGCUGUGCUCCGUCAUUUUGGCCACUGCUCAGGCGCAGGCCGGAUGGCUGCAACACGACUUCGGUCACCUGUCUGUAUUCAAAAAGUCUAGCUGGAAUCACUUUCUGCACAAGUUUAUCAUCGGCCAUUUAAAGGGAGCUUCUGCCAACUGGUGGAAUCACCGACAUUUCCAGCAUCAUGCGAAACCCAACAUCUUCAGUAAAGACCCUGAUGUCAACAUGGUGCACGUCUUUGUAGUUGGAGCCACUCAACCAGUAGAGUACGGUGUAAAAAAGAUAAAGCACAUGCCCUAUCAUCGCCAGCACCAGUACUUCUUUCUCAUCGGACCUCCGCUGCUCAUUCCAGUUUAUUUCCACAUUCAGAUAAUGCGCUGCAUGAUCUCCCGCCACGACUGGGUGGAUCUGGCUUGGUCCAUGUCCUACUAUCUUCGUUACAUCUUCUGUUAUUUACCGCUAUAUGGCCUGUUUGGAUCAAUGGCGCUCAUCAGCUUCGUCAGGUUUCUGGAGAGUCACUGGUUCGUGUGGGUGACUCAAAUGAAUCAUCUGCCGAUGGAUAUAGACCACGAGAAGCACAAGGACUGGCUGAGCAUGCAGUUACAUGCCACCUGCAAUAUUGAGCAGUCCCACUUCAACGACUGGUUCAGCGGACACCUCAACUUCCAAAUUGAACACCAUCUGUUUCCUACGAUGCCGCGCCACAACUACCACCAGGUGGCCCCUCUGGUCCGUGCACUGUGUGAGAAACAUGGGAUUCCUUACCAUGUUAAGACAAUGUGCCAAGGCGUCGUUGAUGUAGUCAGGUCACUGAAAAACUCAGGGGACCUCUGGCUUGAUGCAUAUCUUCAUAAAUGA